AUGGAGAAGUUCAACCCUGAUUGGGCUAAAGACGUACCCUGCAGGAAUAUCAUCAUAUAUGGGUACUGUAAGAAACAAAAAGAAGGCUGUCCAUUCAAACAUGAUAAUGACCCGUUAACCGAGCCAAGUACUACGACCGUGACAAGUACAACAACUAAUACAGCUGGAUCUAGCGCUGACGUGCACAGUGACGUACAGUCGCAUCCAAAUACAGUUCAAUUAAAUGGUGCAAUGAUCCCAUCAUUGCUGUCUCUGAGUAGUCUGUCCAAAAAAAAUAGUACCUCUCCUCAGUUUCCCGUAGGUCUUAAGUUCAAUGCAAAGAAUUCCGAAAGUUUUACACCAAUGGGGACCGCUCCACAAUUACAACAUGAUUCAGUAGAGAGUACUACGUCACCUAAAUUGAAUAUCGAUAUUGCAAAAAACGCUCCGUUUACACCUAGUUUUGACGCCUAUACAUCGGAGUCGUUUACACCUACAUCGACUAGAGGAAACCCUAUGGAUCAAAUAGAUCCUGUAUUGAUGACCUCAUUGAAUCUAAAUAAUGCAGCUGCUAAUGGCAGUCAACCAGCAUCGCAACAACAGCAGCAGCAACUACAGCGGGCUAUACCGAUAGAUGGGCCUACGACGAAUAAUAUUAUGGGACAAAGUAUACCUCCGCCACAACCUUUAUCAGGAACAAUCCCUAUCGGUGCUGCUUCUAUUGCAGGUCCACCUAUGUUUGCGCCACCGCCACCUCGAUAUCCGUCGAUAUAUCCUCCGCCUCAUAGUAUAUUACAAUAUCAUCUAUAUGCACCAGAUCCACCACCUCAUUUACAAUUACCUUUGAAACCAAAUGAAAGAACUCCAGAAAUGUUGUUUAUACCAAAUAAUAUUAGAGAAGAAUUAGUGAAAAAAAACUUGGCUGCCUUACAGAAUUUUCCACCUGGUGGAGCAUUGCCAGAUGUAGUACAGGAUUAUUAUGGUUUGGUUCCAUUGGAUUUCCAUCAAAAAUCUUCAGAGAAAGAUAGAUAUAAUGGUCAUAAAAAUUCUCUGUAUAAAGUAUUUUCAAACACUGAUGGUCACAUAUAUGUAUUGAGAAGGGUACAUGGUAUUACCGAUAUUGUUGAACCACCACAAAUCUCUAUAACUUUCAAAAAAUGGAACUCUUUAAAUUGUUCAAAUAUCGUUCAAUUACAUGACUGUUUCUUAACGACUGCAUUUGGUGAUUCAUCAUUAUGUUUCGUUUAUGAUUACUAUCCAAGAGCUGUAUCACUAUAUGAAACACAUUUUGUUAAUUUCCCAUUAGUACCAAUUACUCAAGAUUGUCUAUGGGUAUAUUUGAUUCAAUUAUGUAACGCAAUCAAAACUGUCCAUUCAAAAAAUUUGGCUGUAUAUAAUUUGGAUUGGGAGAAAAUUCUGGUUACUGGGAAUCCAGGUAGAAUUAAGAUUUCAAGUUGUAAUGAAGUUGAACCUUUGGUAUACAAGGAAGAAUUUAGUUUUGAGAUGACGAAAGUUAAACAACAGCAGGAUUUUGUUCGUCUUGGUGAAUUGAUGUUUAAGUUAGCAUCUAGUAUUCAAACCGAAACUGAUCAUACUGAGACUGACGACGAAAUUGAUAAAUUGAAUAUAGAUGAUCAAUUCAAAGGAGUUAUAAGAUAUUUACUAUCUAAAGAAAUUUUAAGUAAAGAUAUUCAAGAAUUGAGUACUAUGUUUGUGGACAAAGUAUAUCUAGUGGUUGAAGCCCUUACAACAUAUGCAGAAAAAACAGAGAGUAUUCUAGCAAGAGAAUUAGAAAAUAGUAGACUCUUUAGAUUGAUGUGUAAAUUGAACUUUAUUUUCGGUAGAGUAGAAUCUCGUAUUGACAUCAAUUGGUCAGAAUCUGGUGAUAAAUUUCCAAUCAUCUUGUUCUAUGAUUUUGUUUUCCAUCAAGUAGAUUCGCAAGGGAAGUCCAUGAUGGAUUUGACACAUGUUCUAAGAUGCUUGAACAAAUUGGAUGCAGGUGUCUCUGAAAAGUUGGUGCUGGCUACACCAGAUGAAAUGACAUGUAUAAUUAUCAGUUACAAAGAAUUAAAAGAAUUGAUUAGCUCUACAUUCAGAUCGUUAACGCAAUAA